AUGGAAGAAGCUGAUUUAACCGAUGCAAGUCACCCAUCAACUGACUUUAAAGAUGGUGGUGAUGAGUCCACCUAUUUAUCUAGUGUAAAUAAAGAUUCCAUAAAUACUGAUGAUAAAAACACUAAGUUAACAGAUGUAAAGGAUACGGAAUCUGAAAUUGGCGAUCAAGAUGAUACAGAGGAGAAUGAAAAUGACCUCCAAGAUGACUAUGAGUCGGAGCUUAAUUCAGAGCCCUAUCCAGAUUUGGUGGAUGAGUUAAGUGGAAUAAUAUACAUCUCUAGAAUACCACCCUUCAUGGGACUGGGUAAAUUGAGGUCCUACUUCAGCAAAUUUGGGAAAGUGGGCAAGGUGUACGCACACCCGGAGCCCAUCGGCCAGUACAACAAGAGGGUGAAGAUGGGAGGAAACAAAAGGCUCAAGUUUACGCACGCGUGGGUACAGUUCUACGAUAAGAGCGUGGCGAAGAACGUUGCAAAAAUGCUUAACAACAGGCCCUUCGCAGACACCAAGAGAAGCAGCUUCUGGAAGUACGACAUAUGGAACAUCAGGUACCUCCCCAGGUUCAAGUGGCACAACCUCGUGGAGUAUUGGUCACAGCACAAGAGGGAAAGCAAGGAGCAGCUGAACUUACUUUUGCAGAGGGAACGUAAAAGGAACCUGAGGUACCUGGAGCAGCUGGAAAUAGAAAAGCGGGAGCACCAAAUGGAGCUGAAGAGAAAGGGCAAAAGGGACUCAUUAAGCAGUAAAGAAGACGACACCGCUGAGAGUGCCAGUAAUGCUGCCAACAAUGGCAAACGUUCCAUCAGUGACGAUGCUGAUGAGGCUUACGCCGUUUGCACACCACCCAGAAGGAUAACACAGAGCAAUAAGAGGAAUAAAAUUAAGUCAAAUGGGCAAUCAGAGGAGGAGAUUCCAGUGAACCUACUCAACUCAAUAGCAUUAUAA